GUGGAACAGCCGGCCAUUGUUGGACCGCAUCAGUCAAAAUGCAGAAGAUUAUUCGAAGAACGGCAUUGGCGAGGAAUCAAGCCCAGCGAAAGGCGAUUCGAGCAACCAAAAAUGCCCAACGCGAGGAAGUCAAGGACUCGUUGAGACAGCGGUUCGCCUUUAACCGGAUGGAACUCGAUGCCAUCCGCGGUGAGAGACAACGACGUCGCGAGGACUGGCUUCGUGGGCCCUUGGCACCCCAGCGAGAUGCUGGGCCUGAAGGACACAGCUUUGGAGCUUUGAGUCCACAGGCCAUGAACCCUCCAUCUAUUCCUGAACACCUCCGCCGAAAAUACAUCAACAUCGCCGCCGGAGACCGGGUGUGUAUCAUCAGAGGGCGGGACAAAGGUAAAAUCAAUGAGGUUGGCCGAGUCGAAGCUUCAAAUGAAACGGUCAUGGUGAAGGAACUUAACCAGGCCGAUGUCUCUUUCCCUUCCUGGCUGAGCGAACAACACGGUUCCAAAUCUCCCUUCAACACAUUGAGCUUGCCAAUUCCGAUCGACGAUGUUCGACUGGUAGUUGCUCUCGACGACCCUGUCACUGGAAACACUCGGGACGUCUUGGUCGAACAUGUUUACGGAGGAGAGCCCAUUCUUGAGCGAGAAUACGGCACAGACACCCCGAGACACACCCGAUACAUUGCCGGCGAAAACAUCGAGAUUCCCUGGCCUCGCAGUGAACCCGCAACGCAGAAGGAUGAAGAGUGGGACACACUGCGGAUGGAGGUCGAGACACCUACCUGGGUUCCAUCAUUACAAUCUGCGCCAUUCCCCUCCAGUGUUCUCGAUGAACUCCGAAACAAGUUCUCCAAGUACCGGACAAGACAUGACCCCGAAUGGGUUGAGGCGAAGAAGAUGGAGGAAUACAGAAAGGAAUACCUUCAAAGCAGGUCUUUGAUGACACCUAAGGGCGAAUUCCUGGCUAUGAUGAAGGCUAGGAAAGAGGAGCGCAUGAAGGCGAAGCGCGAUGCUGACGGGAACUUGAUCAUGGACGACAAGACAACGGAGUUUAUUGAACGCUUCAUGCAGAAGAAUGCUUCAAGUAAAGCCAAGUCAGCUGCUUGAUUUCUACAAAGGGUUUGACAUGAAGACCGUGGCCGAUUUUUUUUUUUUUUUCUUUU